CUCCCCGCCCCUCUCUGUCUUCUCUGCACUGGGAGCAGCUCUCCUGCCGCAGCCCUUCAUCCCCUGAAAAUGUACACUUGCGCCAAGUUCGUCUCCACCCCCUCCUUGAUCAGGAGAACCUCUACACUGUUGAGCCGAUCACUGUCUGCAGUGGUGGUAAGACGACUGGAGACACUGACAGAUGAGAGCCACAGCAGCUUGGCAGUAGUCCCCCGUCCCCUGACCACCUCACUGACUCCUAGCCGCAGUUUCCAAACCAGUGCCAUUUCAAGGGACAUUGACACAGCAGCCAAGUUCAUUGGAGCUGGGGCUGCCACAGUAGGGGUGGCUGGCUCUGGAGCUGGAAUUGGGACCGUGUUUGGGAGUCUCAUCAUUGGUUAUGCCAGGAACCCUUCUCUGAAGCAGCAGCUCUUCUCCUACGCCAUUCUGGGCUUUGCCCUCUCGGAGGCCAUGGGGCUCUUUUGCCUGAUGGUGGCCUUUCUCAUCCUCUUCGCCAUGUGAAGGAGCCGUUUCCACCUCCCAUAGUUCUUCUCCCGUGUCUCGUCUGCCCUGUGUGUUUCUUUUUCUGUACCUCCCCAGGCAACCUGGGGAAGGUGGUUGGCUCAGGGCCUGACAGAAGGAAGACAAAUAAAUACUGUAUUAAUAAGA